AACAGUCCAAUCUAUCCCUUCCUUGUCCGCUCUCUCUCGCUCUCUCACUCUCAAUCCCUCCCUUGUAACUCGCAACGGCAACCGAAUCCCUCUCUCUCUCGCUCGCUAUCAUUUAAUCGAGCACCCUCAUUUUCUCUCUCUUGAGCUUGAGCCUCGUUCUCUUCCCUUCUUCAAUCCCCUCUCUCUCUCUCUAGAAAUGUCAACCAAUCAUCUCCCCCCUUCUCUCAUCUCCAACCUCCAGAACGCCCUCAUCGCCCGAAAAGGCGGCGGAGACGAAGAAACCAAGGAAGGGAACCCAUCAACGGAAGAGGCCCAAACCGAGGAAAGCAACGAAGAGGGAUCGAGGAAGCCUGUGGUUCUCGUCACGAAUUGCGAUGGGAUUGGGUCCCCCGGGCUCGAACUCCUCGUCCAGGCUCUCGUUCGCCAUGGCGAGUACGACGUCCACGUCUGCGCUCCCGAUUCGGAUAAGUCUGCUUCUGGGCACUCAGUUACACCUUGUGAGACCCUUGCUGUGAAUUCUACAGAAAUGCAUGGAGCCACAGCUUUUGAAGUUUCUGGUACUCCUGUUGAUUGUGUAUCUUUAGCUUUGUCUGGGUCAUUAUUUUCUUGGUCAAGGCCAGCACUGGUUGUCAGUGGAAUUAACAAGGGAUCAAGUUGUGGCCAUCAUAUCCUUUACUCGGGCGCUAUUGCGGGAGCUAGAGAAGCUUUACUCUGUGGAGUACCUUCCUUAUCAAUCUCAUUAAGCUGGAGGAAGAAUGAGAGUAAUGAAAGCCACUUCAAGGAUGCAGUUGGUGUUUGUUUACCGUUGAUACAUGCUGCUAUUAGGGACACCGAGAAGGGGCUUUUUCCCAAAAGCUGUCUGUUGAACAUAGAAAUUCCCUCAUCUCCUACUACCAACAAGGGUUUCAAGGUGACCAGACAAAGUGUAUGGAGGCCUGCAUUAAACUGGCAGGCUGUGUCAGCAAAUCGGAACCCUGCUGCUGGCCAGUAUAUGUCAAUGCAUCAAAGCCUUGGCGUCCAACUUGCUCAGCUUAGUAGAGACGCAUCAGCAGCCGGCGCAGCACGUCGAAAUACUACCCAAAAGAAAAAUGUUGAAAUAGAAUCCGUUGCUGCUGCUGGAAAACCUGAGACAAAGGAAGCAGUGAAGAAGUUCUUCCGCCUUGAGUUUGGGGAGAACGAACACGAAGAUUUAGACGAAGAUCACAAUUUCAGAGCCGUAGAAGAAGGCUUUGUUGCCGUGACUCCUAUACAUUUCCAAUUAAAUGCUGAGGAUGAGAUUCAAACCUGUGCAUCAGAUUGGCUUGCGUCAGCUCUCAAAGGAAGCGAAGAAGUCUCUUGAGACUGCUGACAUUGCUUUUUAACUUGCAUACCACUUUCAGCAUAUUCGCAUCUUUCGUCUAAUAUCAUCAGUUUUGGCUGGAAAUAUGGUACAAAUGUGAUCGUCAUACUGCCCUUCGCCUUUUUUGUGUUCUUCUCUUGUUUGAAACUAGUGAGUUUGGUUUGUGUUAGGGGGGGUCUCACAGCUGUCAUUUGAUGAUUUUAAUUUCUUUGUAUUCACAUUCUGUUAUCUUUUUUAUAUAUAGUAUGUUAUUCUUUUUUUUCCUUUUCUUUUUAAUGAGAGGAUGAUGAGUGUUCAAUUGUUAUAGAUGGUAAGAUGAAACUAGUGUCCUUGUGUUUUCUGUAAAAGUUUCCUUCGAUUUCAUUA